UCCUGAAUCAGGCUAAAUACGUGAAACUUUCACAUUUUAAAAAGCUGCAUACUAGGAUUGGCAUCUGGUUAUUAUCUUAAAUAAAUGUUUAUUUUGCAUAUUGAGCACAGCAUUCUGGACCAUAGCCUUUGUCUCUGUUUGGAUGGAUUGUGUGGUCUCUCUCUCUCUCUCUCUCUCUCUCCUCUGUGUGACUGCUUGUCCCAUACAGGAGCACAUUUUAGCAGGCACCAGCAUAGUCAUGCUACCUCCUGCCGGCAUUUUCACCUGGCUGCUACGGCAACACCGCUGCCUGCUGAGUUCCCGCCCCCUCCCCUCGCCCCGCCUCAGUACCAGGAAGUCCCGCCCCCUUUCCUACCUCAGGCCUUACAGCAGCAAUACCUCAUCCAGCAACAGCUACUGCAGCGCAGACGCACACAAGAGCGAGUCCCACUGAACACUCAUCGGUUACGCCCAGGAUAUGAAUAUGCUCCGCCCCUCCACGCCCCUCAGCCAAUCCCACAGCAGCCCAGAUACCUGGCGGAAGGCACUGACUGGGAUCUGAGUGUGGACGCAGGUGUGCCGCAUCAGUAUCCUCUGCAGCAGAUCCCUCAACCCUACCAGCAUUACCUGGCCUCUCCCAGAAUGCACCACCUCCCCAGAAACACCUCCUCCACCCAAGUGGUUGUCCAUGAGAUAAGGAAUUAUCCGUAUCCACAGCUCCACCUGUUGGCGCUGCAGAGCUUUGGUCCCAGCAGACACUCGUCUGCUGUUCGGGAGAGUUAUGAGGAGCUGCUGCAGUUGGAGGAUCGAUUGGGAAGCGUCAGCCGAGGGGCCAUACAGACCACCAUAGAGAGAUUCACUUUCCCGCACAAAUACAAGAAGCGGAAGCCGCUGGAUCUGAAGUUAUGUGUGAGUGAGGAAGAGUUGGAUGUGGAUGAGAAAUGCACCAUCUGCCUCUCCCUGCUGGAGGAUGGAGAAGAUGUCAGGCGGUUACCCUGUAUGCAUUUGUUCCAUCAGGUGUGUGUGGAUCAGUGGUUGGUCACCAGUAGGAAGUGUCCCAUCUGCAGAGUGGACAUUCAAACACAGCUCACCCCUGGGAGCUGAAAAAACACGCAUUAACAAAUAACUUAAACACACACAUGCUCUCUUUCGCUCUUAUACAUCCACAGACAAUUCCAUCCACACACACACACACACACUGUAUAUUACCUAUACACGUGUAUGAUGAGCCAUCCAACACACACUAAACUCACACGCUUUACUGAGCCAAUGACAAUAACUGACACUACACACAUACACGUGCUGGUAGAAACUAAAGGGUCUGUCGCGAGGAGUGAUUCUGUCUGUAGGGAAAUGGUGUGUGUUCGUAGCAUAUGUGUGUGUAUUUGUGCAAUUCCUUAAGCCAUGAACUUUACUAAAGACCCUCAGCUUGCAUACAAUACACACACACACUUACACACUACUUAUAAUAUAUACACAAUGGCGGAUAAGACACUGUCAAAUCUAGCUGCUGGAGUGUGUGUGUGUGUCCACUGUAUUUCUGAUCUGCAAUACUGCUUUAGUCUUACACACUGGAGCUACUUCGGCUUGCGUUUGUGCGCUUGUUCACCCUUUUGGUGCGUGUGUAUCGUAUGUGUGCUAAUAUUUUCAUGGGUUAGCGGUGCAUGUAGAGAAGCCAAAAAAGAACACGCAACAA